AUGCUUUUGCUUCGCGUUCAUGAAAAGGACGAGGUUCAACGUAUCCCACUGCAGCGGGGUGUGUCCAUCUCUCACAUUCCCGCCCAUCUGAACACGUGCAAGCACGACGCCGUGCCCUGCACCAACAAAUGCGGCGCGCAGAUCCCGCGCGUCCUCAUGGAGGACCACCUCAAGUACACCUGCCCGCAGCGCCGCGCUCGCUGCGAGUUCUGCGGCAAGGACUUCACCGGACAGACACUCGAGGCGCAUGUUGGCAGUUGCAGUUUUGAACCAAUUUACUGUGAAAACAAAUGUGGAAUGAAAGUUCAAAGACGACAUCUUACUCAGCAUAAAGCAGCAGAAUGUUCCAAGAGACUGGUUCCAUGUCGUUACUGCAGCAAGGAAUUUGUAGCAGAUACAUUACAGACACACCAUACUAAAUGUGGACGGUUUCCUGUGGCUUGCCCCAAUCGCUGUGAAACAGCUAUUCUGGCUCGUGAAGAACUGGAUUUACACCUCAAAGAAAAGUGCUCCUCCCUUGGCAUGUCAUGUGCUUUUAAAGAAGCUGGAUGCAGGUUCAAGGGGAAUAGAUACGCUUUGGAAAAACACCUGGACGAAAACACUAAGCAACAUCUGGUGCUCAUGUGCAGUGUGGUCACCAAGCAGCAGCACCAGAUAACAAGCCUGAAAAGUGCAUUGUCAAGAUUAUCUCUUAAUUAUUCAGGAACACUUAUUUGGAAAAUUAAUGAUUACGCAUCCAAGUUAGCAGAAGCCAAGACCAAAGAAGGAAUGGAAUUAGUCAGUCCUCCAUUUUAUACUAGUCAAUAUGGUUACAAGCUUCAGGCUUCUCUAUUUCUUAAUGGAAAUGGUGCUGGAGAAGGUUCUCAUAUCUCUGUAUACAUUAAAAUCUUGCCAGGAGAAUAUGAUGCUCUUUUGCGAUGGCCUUUCUCUCAUUCAGUGUCAUUCUCUCUGUUUGACCAAUCUCCUGUUCCUGAGAAAGCUUGUAAUAUUGUUGAGAGCUUCAUUCCGGAUCCUACUUGGAAGAACUUUCAGCGACCAAGCAAAGAGCCGGAUUCCCUAGGAUUUGGUUUUCCAAGAUUCGUAUCCCAUGAAAUGCUAAAGAAGCGUCAUUUCAUUAAAGAUGAUGUCAUGUUUAUAAGAGUUAAAGUUGACCCAAGUAAAAUUGUGGCAGUGUGAUAAUAUACUAAUGUGAAGUGAAGGAUAGUGAAUUUAUUGGUGUUUUUCAGUUUCUAUUUAUUACAGGGAAAGCAACUCCAUCUUUAAGAAUAUCUAGUAUACGUUUAGCAGAUUUACUAUAAAGAGUUAUCACAAUUGUACAACUUCAUGUAUCGUAACUUCGGGAACAAAUUUAAAUGGUUUUGUAGUCUGUGGUAGAUCAGAUGAUUCUCAUCUAGUUUGGAAGAAACAAAGUUCAUGAGCACUUGUAAAUAAUCUGUGUAUAUGCACAAAGUACUUAUUGCAAUAUGGCCAGUGGUAGAGGAAAUUAGUCAAAAGAAUGCAAAUAACCAGAAGAUAACAUGCUGUUUUAUAAAAAAAGAGGCAUGAGAGACAUUACUCUAUGUUGUGAAGACACAUGCCUUCCAUCAGAAGAGAUUUAAGUAUUUUCAUUCAUAUCUGACAUAUGGCAAAACCAUAUUAUUUUUCAAAGCAUCUUUGUGAAGGCAGCUCCACACAUUCGGCAUUCACAGAGAAGUGAGUUACUGCUCGCUGUCCAGAGCAGCUGAUGUGCCUAGCAAAUGUUCACUGCUUUUGAUGUGUCCAAAAUAAUCACAUGGUGGGCAGAGUAAGCACGAAACGUUUAUUGCUCAGCAAAUAGCAAGCAACACUACUCAGGAAUUGGCAAGUGGUCACUCACUACUCACCAAAUACCAAAUGUGUAGAACUGUCUUGAUGUAACAAAAUUGUCCAUUAGGCACGUCCAAAAUAUUUAACUUGGCUGCCUGAAUGUAACUGCUACAGCCUUGAAAAAUAUGAUUUUGGACAGUUACUACUGUCAUGAUAUUAUCGAUGUAAAUAUUGUACAUUCCAUUAUUUUGUAGUUUUCCAGUCAAUAACAUAGUUAAGUUAUGCAUUUUCAAACUAUACAUGUCCUGAGUUUCAUAUUGAAGCAACCUUCAUACUGCCAAAGUAUGCAUAAUCAGGAACUCACAAAUAAAACCAUGUACAGUUUGAAAAUUAUCUAUAAAUGUCUUGUAACAACUUUAUUAUCUGUGGUAGAUUUCAUUAGCCAAAGAUUUUGUAUAAUAUAAACAAACAAAUGAACUGCACUAUUAGUUAGCAUGUUAAGAGGCAUUUUCUAGUUGUUAAGAAAAUCAGGAAUAACUGGCAUUUAUUAAUGCCAUGACUUCCUGUCAUAGGAGCUGGAAAUAAGCCAAAGGGUGUAAAAGAUGUCUUUGCAUUAUUCGUAAUGUCAAGACUUGUCAAUUUGGUAGAUACACACCAUACUAUAGAAAUUUGUAAAUUAUGUCAUCUUAAUACAUAAUGCUCUUUUUAUUAUGUACAUUUAGUGGGUGUGAAAAUAAAGUCAUUGUAUGUUUAUCAGUUUUUAUUAAAUACAUGUAAAAAUACACAAUUAAAAAUA